AUGUCUGCACUUGUCUCGAGCUGCCUCGGCUCGUGUGUUAGCGACGACUGGACUGGAACGCUGAAAAAUGAAGGCUGGUCAAGGUGUGCUCAGGACUGGGACUACCUGGCUGGCUUUACCAGAGGGGACAGGCCCUACGGUACAGCGUCAGAUCCUCUAACCAGCAUUGAACGCGCCCAAUGUUGUGGUCAAGAAGGAGUUUAUGCAGGGGCCAAAACACAGACCGUGAUAGCUGACUGGUCAAACAUAUUUUUAUCUGGAUAUAAAAGUUGGGCCUUUUGUCCGGAAGGAUAUUUCAUGCAAGGCCUAAGACGAGCUGACAGCACUUCGCAAGGCAUAAACAAUUUUAAGCACGCACGCUGCACUAAGCCGGCCACUCACCCUCACUACUAUGGACAAUGCUACACGGAAAACGUCUGGAAUUGUUUAGAAGCCAGAGGUUUAUGCGCAUGCAAAGCAGGAUUUCAUCUGACUGGGCUCUUUAAGAAUGAAUGCGAUAGUGUUUACUGCUUAGAAGAACUGCGAUGCUGCUCGAUGGCACCAAAUCCGGAUGAGCUGAACGAAACGUCCAAGACUAAAGCUCGCAUCAUGGACAUCACGCUAACGGAAAUCGCCAAACUCGGCUACUUUUUCGGCUACGCGUAUCCCCUGGGAUGCAGGGGACAACUGCCAGGGGAUGACUAUCGGCGCAGUGGCGAUACAUGGGUGGCCGAUGCCAGUUCCCUCUGCUCGGGUGUUCGAACCAACGAGCGAAUGCAGAUCGCCUACGGGGAUUGGUCCUUCGCCAUCAAGGAAAUUGUCUACGGCAAUCCAGUUAUAAAUGACCUCACACCCGAGACCGCCGAUUCCGGAACGUUUUACAACAACGAAGUGACCCCCGCCCGACAAGAAGUGAAAAGAGUCAUCAAGGCUGUCCGCAGCGUCACGCAUAGCGUUUCCAGCACCUUCAAGAACUCACACGAGCUGAACCUCCAACUGACAUACACGUCUCCUUCAAUCAAUCUUUUUGGGGUUGAUUCUGGAAACUUUCAAUUCAGUGCUGGGUACAAAUUCAAUUAUGAGGCCUCAACGACUACGAAGGAUGAAACGAAUAACGAGCAAUCGAAUACGUUUUCGGUUGGAGCAGUGAAAAGUGUCGCCCCGAAAUCGGCCGUCAAAUGGAGCCUCAUCAUAGCAAAGCAGAGGGUGUCAAUACCCUACACCGCUAUAGUCGUGGCGAAAUUUUCUGUCGGGCUUUCCGGCUGGCUUCAUGGCUCCAACUACCACAGGGAUUACUUCGGGACACACGCAAACCCUGUCGUGAACUACCGCUUCGGUUCGUCGACCGUUCCAUUUUACGAGGCGCUCGAAGAACAAAAUCUUGAGAGUCGAAGGCCGUGGAUGUGGUAUGAUGUGAGAAGAAUUUUUCCCAAUGCCGAGGGCACGAUCAAUUAUCUGAAGGACGAGAAGAACUACUUGUUCACCGUGACCGGAAGGUUUGAUGACGUGGUGGGAAGUAACGCCCAGUUCCGCUGGCAAACCAUUCCACUGGGCAAACGAGACGCUGACACUGGAAAGGUUGUCGCUAAUGUAGGGGACGGGGCGGUCAAAGAACUGACCAUCGUAGCCCAAGCCGGACCCAAAGACCCACCACCCGCUAACCUAAUUCCACCAAAAGUGGAUCUC